GGGGGGGGGAUGGCACUGCGUUGGACGCGGACCGCCCGUGCGUGUGAGCGUGUCCUCCUCGGUGGUCUAUUAAGGUUUUAAUUAGCGGAUAAGAUGGCCAUUGUUGACGUUUAAGACUGGGAGAGACCGAACUGCACCGCCCCGGCAUGGAAAAGCACGCCUGGUUUGAAGACCUCUGAUCCUAUCGGCUCCUCAGCCAGCCAGGCGACAUCCAGGCUCCCCUAGGAAGGAGAGACCGUACUGCGAGGACAAGAAGAGGAGCUUCCACUUGCGCUGCUUCCCAGUCACCAUGUCUAUACCCAGCAUCAGCCCAGAGCGAGAGGGCUCCGGCGGGGUUCCUUCACACCUCGAGUGUCCCUCCUCUCCUCCAGCUUUGGAUCCAGACCCACUGUCGACGGGCAGCCCCGUCCUCAGCCCAGACUCCUCUUCCCAUGAUACAUUGCUGUCAGCGUCAGCCAUGUCACCGGCAGACUCGGAGAACCUCAGUCCAGAUGAACUGGAGCUGCUUGCCAAACUUGAGGAGCAGAACAGGUUACUGGAGGCUGACUCCAAGUCCAUGCGCUCCAUGACAGGCUCGCGGCGCAACAGCGGCUCUUCGCUGGUGUCGAGCUCAUCUGCCUCGUCCAAUCUCUCCCACCUGGAGGAGGACACCUGGAUCCUUUGGGGCCGCAUCGUCAACGAGUGGGAGGAAUGGAGACGCAAGAAGGACAAACUCCUCAAGGAGUUGAUUAGGAAGGGCAUUCCUCAUCACUUCCGUGCCAUCGUGUGGCAGCUGCUGGGCAACGCCACGGACAUGCCAGUGAAGAAUCAGUAUUCAGAGUUGCUGAAGAUGUCGUCCCCUUGCGAGAAGCUCAUCCGUCGAGACAUCGCACGCACCUACCCCGAGCACGAGUUCUUCAAAGGUCAGGACAGCCUGGGCCAGGAGGUCCUCUUUAACGUGAUGAAGGCGUACUCCCUUGUGGAUCGAGAGGUGGGCUACUGCCAAGGCAGCGCGUUUAUUGUUGGUCUCCUACUCAUGCAGAUGCCUGAAGAGGAGGCGUUUUGCGUCUUUGUGCGUCUGAUGCAGGAAUACCGUCUUAGAGAGCUUUUCAAGCCCAGUAUGGCCGAAUUGGGCCUCUGCAUCUACCAGUUUGAGUAUCUUCUGCAGGAGCAACUUCCAGAGCUUAACGUCCAUUUCCGGUCCCAGAGUUUUCAUACAUCCAUGUAUGCAUCAUCCUGGUUCCUCACCUUGUUCCUCACUUUCCUCCCUCUGCCUGUUGCCACACGUAUAUUUGACAUUUUUAUGUACGAGGGCCUGGAGAUCAUCUUCCGUGUAGGCAUGGCCAUCCUGCAGUACAACCAGACGGACCUCAUUCAGCUGGACAUGGAGGGCAUGUCGCAGCAUUUCCAGAAGGUGAUCCCCCACCAGUUUGACAGCUGCCCAGACAAGCUGAUCCUCAGGGCCUACCAGAUCAAAUACAACCCCAAGAGAAUGAAAAAGCUUGAGAAAGAGUAUACCACCAUCAAGAACAAAGAAAUGGAGGAACAAAUUGAGAUCAAGAGGCUGCGUACAGAAAAUCGACUGCUGAAACAGAGGAUUGAGACCCUAGAGAAGGAGAGUGCUGCUCUGGCAGACAGACUCAUACAGGGUCAGGUGACCAGGGCGCAGGAAGCGGAGGAGAACUACGUGAUCAAGCGUGAACUGGCGGUGGUGAGGCAACAGUACAACACAGCCAGCGAGAGCCUGGAGAAGGCGCAGGACACCAUUAGAGAUCUGCAACAACAGAAGUACACAGAGCAGUUUGUGAGCGGUCUGCAGACGCAACUGGAACAGUCCAAGCUGCGUGAGGCUGAGCUGCAGGGAGCGCUAAAGGAAAUGCAAGACAAGGUGCUGGAUCUUGAAAAGAGGAGCAGCUGUUUACCUGAUGAAAACAACAUGGCAGCUAUGAAGGAGGAGAUGAAACAGAUGAAGCUGCGGGAGCUGGAGACGCUGCGUUCAUUUAGAGAGAUGCAGGACUCUGUCACCGAGCUCAAUCAGCGCUGGCAGCAUCACAUGUCCCGCGGCGGUGGUACUGGAGGCGGCGGCAGCCACUGGAAGGAAUCCCCGAAGAAGAACGCCAUGAAUGAGCUGCAAGACAAGCUGAUGACCAUCCGACUGAGGGAGGCACAAGCCCAGGCUGAGCUCAGAGAGGUCAAACUGAAAGCUGUUCAACUGGAGAGCCAGAAUCAGAUCCACAGCAAAUUGAUCGGUCGCCUUGAGCAGGAGCGUUCCGCCCUUCAGGAUCGGCUCCAGAUGCUGUCUAAUCAGAACAAAGCUGUUCAGGCCCAGCUCAACGAGAUGAAACGGAAGCAGGCCGAAUGGGACUGCAAGAAUAAAGAGGAGGUGAUGGCGGUGCGACUGAGGGAAGCAGACAGCAUGGCUGCCAUUGCUGAGCUCCGGCAGAAGAUAGCAGAGCUUGAAAUACAGAAGGAAGCAGGGCUGAUCCAGGGCCAGCUGAACCACUCUGACUCCAGACAGUAUAUCAACCGGCUCAGGGACCAGAUCACUGAGCUCAAAAAUGAGAUCAGGCAGAUGCGCGGGCAAAAGGCGGGGGCGCCCAGCUCCAGGCUCACCAACGCAGGCGCCAACUACCAGGACCUCUGCCUGGCCAGCCCCGCCUCCGCUGAGGGGGACUACCUGAGUUCGGACGACGACCUUCUCCACAGCCCGCUCCCUGCCAACGCCCUUUACCCAGCCAUACCGGUUCCGUGUCACCCGUCCGCCCGCCUGGACAGUGAAGGCAGCACAGACAGCGAGGCAGAGGAGCAGAUAACCCCCGAGCCACAGCAGCUGUACGGCAGCAUGGUGUGUGCCGAGGCCAUGGAGAAUUGAGGCCUGCGAGAAGAGGACCUCAGAAACUGUCCUUUCUGGUACAUAUGUAACCCAACACACAACAACAGGCUGAAACUGGAACUUCAGAACUUUUUGCUGCUCAACAUGGACCACUUGUCCUAAAUCUAUUGACUAUGACAAACAAAAAGCAGGGCCCUGCUAAAACUCUUUUUUUUUUUUUCCUGAUUCAGUCUCGGACAUCUUGAUAUCCCAUCAUGAGAAAGGCGCACACCUGUCUCCCCUGCCUUCUCCAACAAGGUCUAUCAACCAUCCAUGGAGCCCUCACGUGCUAAAUGAAAGAGAGCAGUGGAAUAUCACCAAAUACAUCUUGUCCUCAUGACCAUUUCAACACACACGGUGUUCAAAGUGCAAACAUGAAAAAAAGAAAAAGAAAAGUUGCCAAAUCUUUUGUUUUUGUAUUUUAAAGUAAUUUGUACGUUAUGUAAUUUAUUUUGAUAUUGUUUUUAAUAUGUCAGUAUGAAACCAUAGGACUGGCAGAGGCCUCCCCCCUCCCAAGCCCACCUUGUGUGCCAACCCGGAGCCGCCUGUUUACUGUGACGCUAGCUGAGACGCUAACUGUGCUGCUAUGCUCAUUUGCAUACUGAGGUGUAACCGAUUACGACCGCGUGCCGUCCGUCACCCAGUGUGUGUGUUUGUGGUAAAAGAAACAAAGUGUGACAUUUUAUGCAAAAUGUAAUAGCCCCACUAUACGCCAAUAACAAAACUAUAAUGUCCAAGAGUAUUGUACAUAUAAACAACCACUGUGGAGUGCAAAAA